CUGGGCGGAGGGAUGUAGCUAAAGAGGGGCCGUAGGCACCCGCUCCGGUACAGAAGACCUAUAGACCCAGGGAGACAGCGACCAGUCACACACACACACACAGACACACCCAGGGUGCCUCAGUGGUGGAAGCCAGCCUGCAGUAUUAGUAGCAGCCGCUGUACGCCGUUAAAAGGACACAUUGAGUGAGUGGCUUUAACGGAGGAGCUAUGUCUAAGGGACCAGCAGUUGGCAUUGACCUGGGCACUACCUACUCAUGUGUAGGCGUGUUCCAGCAUGGCAAAGUCGAGAUCAUUGCCAAUGACCAGGGAAACAGGACCACGCCCAGCUAUGUUGCCUUCACCGACACCGAGAGGCUGAUUGGAGAUGCAGCCAAGAAUCAGGUGGCCUUGAACCCCAACAACACAAUAUUUGAUGCAAAGCGUCUCAUUGGGCGUCGCUUUGACGACACCGUUGUCCAGUCAGACAUGAAACACUGGCCCUUCACAGUCAUCAAUGAUGCCUCACGCCCCAAAGUUAAGGUGGAGUACAAGGGGGAGACCAAGUGCUUUUACCCAGAAGAGAUCUCCUCCAUGGUGCUUCUUAAAAUGAAAGAGAUUGCUGAAGCUUACCUUGGCAAGACUGUGAACAAUGCUGUUGUGACCGUGCCUGCCUACUUCAAUGACUCUCAACGCCAAGCUACCAAAGACGCAGGGACCAUUUCUGGCCUUAAUGUCCUUCGUAUCAUCAAUGAACCCACUGCUGCAGCUAUUGCUUACGGUCUGGACAAAAAGGUGGGAGCUGAGAGAAAUGUUCUCAUCUUUGACCUGGGCGGUGGCACGUUUGAUGUCUCAAUCCUAACUAUUGAAGACGGCAUCUUUGAGGUGAAGUCCACAGCAGGCGACACUCACUUGGGCGGGGAAGACUUUGAUAACCGCAUGGUCAACCACUUCAUCUCUGAGUUCAAACGCAAGUACAAGAAAGACAUCAGUGACAACAAGAGGGCUGUGCGACGCCUGCGCACUGCGUGUGAGAGGGCCAAGCGCACCCUGUCAUCCAGCACUCAGGCCAGCAUCGAGAUUGACUCUCUGUACGAGGGCGUCGAUUUCUACACCUCCAUCACCAGGGCCCGGUUUGAGGAGCUGAACGCAGACCUGUUCAGAGGAACCCUGGAGCCUGUGGAAAAGGCUCUCCGCGAUGCCAAGAUGGACAAGGCUCAAAUCCAGGACAUAGUCUUGGUGGGAGGUUCCACUCGUAUUCCCAAGAUCCAGAAGCUGUUGCAGGACUUCUUCAAUGGGAAGGAGCUCAAUAAGAGCAUCAACCCUGAUGAGGCAGUGGCCUAUGGUGCAGCUGUGCAGGCAGCCAUCUUGUCAGGUGACAAAUCUGAGAAUGUGCAGGACCUGCUGCUGCUGGAUGUGACCCCCUUGUCUCUCGGCAUCGAGACAGCUGGUGGAGUCAUGACCGUCCUCAUCAAGAGGAACACCACCAUCCCAACAAAGCAGACCCAGACCUUCACCACCUAUUCAGACAACCAGCCCGGUGUGCUCAUUCAGGUAUUUGAAGGUGAAAGGGCCAUGACCAAAGACAACAACCUGUUGGGGAAAUUUGAGCUGACUGGAAUACCCCCAGCCCCCCGAGGUGUUCCUCAGAUUGAGGUUACCUUUGAUAUCGAUGCUAAUGGCAUCAUGAAUGUUUCUGCCGUCGACAAGAGCACUGGCAAGGAGAACAAGAUCACAAUUACCAACGACAAAGGUCGCCUGAGUAAGGAGGACAUUGAGCGUAUGGUCCAGGAAGCCGAGAAGUACAAGGCUGAGGAUGAUGUUCAGAGAGAGAAGGUGACUGCCAAGAACGCUCUGGAGUCUUACGCCUUCAAUAUGAAGUCUACGGUGGAGGACGAGAAGCUGAAGGACAAGAUCAGCGACGAGGACAAACAGAAGAUUGUGGAAAAGUGCAACGAGAUCAUCAGCUGGCUGGAUAGAAAUCAGUCUGCAGAAAAAGAUGAGUUUGAGCACCAGCAGAAGGAGCUGGAGAAGGUGUGCAACCCCAUCAUGACCAAGCUGUACCAAAGUGCUGGAGGGGCUCCAGGAGGGAUGCCCGGUGGGAUGCCAGGCGGCUUCCCAGGAGCCGGUGGCGCUCCUGGAGGAGGUUCUGCCGGUCCCACCAUCGAGGAGGUUGACUAAACAAGAGUUGAAACACAUAUGCACGAGGUUGUUGACGUUCCUCUUUCCUCAUGUUAUCACAGCAUAACCUCAAUAGCCAAAACUGUUAACUACACUUAUUUGAGGAUUGUCUUGACACUUUUUUUGUACGCCAGGCUUAAGGCAGCACUUGCACUGUGACGUUCUCGGUAAGCAGUCUUUCAUGGCAAAUUUCAGUUACGUGUUCCUUUCAGAUGAGCCGGGGUUACAAUUUACUACAGUGUUGUUCUUGUUUGUUCUAUGAAGCUGAAAUGGUUGCUUUUGCACAAUAUUAAAGUGAGACUAAAUAAAAGGUUGUUUUGA